UUUCGCCGUUUAUUACUAGCUAACCCUUUUUUUAUUUCAAUUUAUGUCCGUUGAGGAUGAAAUCCCAUGUGGGACAAGACCUUCUCAGCUAUGGAACCCCAGCGUCCCUUUUGAUCUCCAUCCGACUCAUAGUAGCCGGAGUAACUAUGCUACACUCUGCCCGUCAAGAACAUGUGUUCCAUGGCGGUGAUACCGCCAUUACCCCCUUUAUCCAACAUACGCCUAUCCGUGGACAAUCACCACAGCAUUCACUUUGACGUUGGCUGGGUCUGGUCGGAGAUAUUUUCUAGAAUGACAAGUUCAAAUUAUUCGGUUGGCUGGUGGCAUUGAUCGUGGCCGUUCUGCCCGCUUUUAAGGCCUCUGUUGCAGGCUCACUUGGUUCACCUUCCCUUCUUCUUGUCCUACCUAUCUAUCUUUGCAUCCCCUCAUCGCUCUUCUACAGGACAAGCACAUCGUAUUAAACAGCUACCUGACCGCUUCUCUAUCAUGAUGCCUCCCCCUUCUUACCAAUCUCCGAAUUCCCAAAUGCCUGGUAUCAGACAAACACACUAUAUUCAGCAGCCUUCUGAGCAAUACUCUACCAGAAUGUCCCCCCCUUACUACCCACCGUCGACUGCCCCAAUACCCGGUAUCACAUCUCGUCAUUUCUCACCCACAGGACAAGCACGCCAUAUCCAACAGCCUUCUGAGCAAUACUCUACCGCAAUGACACCCCCUUACCCAUCGUCGACUGCCCCAAUACCCGGUAUCACAUCUCGUCAUUUCUCACCCACAGGACAAGCACGCCAUGUUCAGCAGCCCUCUGAGCAACACCAACACCCUACCAUGAUGUCCCGCCCUUGCCCAUCGAUGAAUGCCUCAAUUCUUGGACAAGAACGCCGGAAUAUUCAGAAAAUAACCGAGCAACACUAUGCCACAAUGUCUAUUUCACCUCUCCCUGCCGUCAACAUGGCGUCUCACUCGAUGUCACAGAGCUCGACAAUAUCCCCCGAUGACGAGCUCAUAGUAUCUAGACGUCUAUAUCACCACCAUCCGAAUGCAACGCCAAUCCUUGAUUCACGUUUCCCCGGUCAGACUGAUUUUACUGGCUCAUCAACAUCGGCCAAGAGUUUCGCUCCCCCAGGCAGGACGCUCAUUGCUAACUCACCAAAUGGCAACACCACAAACCAAUACACAGGUUACGGCGUCCCUUUCCACAACCCCCCAAGCUCCCAUAGCUCCCAGUACCACAAUACAGUACCAAGGAACAAUAUCCCGCCAUCCAGCUCACUGCCAACGCCUCACUUACCGCAAAAUGUCCCUCACAAUACAGGUCUUGCGUCUUCCAGCUCCUACCCUGAAUCAUUCACCCAUGAUUUUGGGACACAGCAUGGCUCGCAACUAGCUGGUCUUCCAUAUCAGCCAGCCCCGCAUAUGGCACCUUCACCAUCCAUUCACUCACAAGAAUCCUCGUCCACUACAUUUCAUUGCGACUGGCUUGACAAAAACAAUAAGCUUUGCGUAUUUGAAGGGUCACUGGGUGAUUUAAAGAAGCAUGUCACAAGCAAACAUCUGUUAGGUGCUCAAAACGCGUCAAAUAGAUGCCAUUGGCAAGGUUGCGAGUAUCAAAAACGCGCAGAUCCAACCGUCCACGACAUGCGGCGCGAUAGUACGUGGCGCCAUGUUCGGGAGAAACAUCUAAAAAUGAAGAGGAAGAGGAAGAUCUAAUCUUUUUGUGUUCGUAUUGGUUGUGUAUCGUUGCACUUGUUAGUAUCGCUAUCAUUCCAUUCUUUCUGUUGUCAUGUAACGAAAUGAGUACGGUCGCGAGUUCAUGUUUUGGUAUACUUGGACGAAAUACGAUUGUAUUUUAUUUUUA